AUAUUUUUAAUAGUUUCAAUACAUACUAUAAAAGGUAUUAAAAUUGCUGUUGUUCCUUGUUCCUUGUGAGAAACUAAGUGGCCAAAAAUAUAUAUUGCGUAUAAUUAAUUCAUUGCAAAAAUAGCGGCGUUGGAAUAAAAACUAAUGCAGAAGGAAGUGGAACUACUGAAGCUUCAAAAGGCUUUGACAGAAAAAGACGGUCCGAUGGUGAGUGAAAGGAAAAGCAACGAUCAGUUUUCUUUCGACACAGUAAAGGAUAUAGUACCCGUAUUCGACGGCGGUGACAAUUUUAAUGCGUGGUACAGUCAAGUAAUGCACUAUCGUGAAGCAUUAAAAAUUGAUGACGCUUUGUUAGUCGUCACUAUACGUCUCAAAUUUAAAGGAGCUGCAUUAGCUUGGUACAGUGCGAAGCUGACUGUACCCAAAAACGUGGAUGAUUUGCUAAAAGAGAUGAAGUUAGUGUUUGCGUCUAGUGAGAGUACACUAGUCCGGCGUCUCAGAUUUUAAGGUCGAAUGUGGCUGCGUGAAGAAAGUUUUGCAAACUAUUACAACGAAAAGUGUUUGCUAGGGAGUAACCUAUGUUUAAAAGAUGAAGAACUGAAGGGAUUACUGAUAGACAGCUACAAAAUCAAUCUCGCAUGCAAAAUUUUACAUCGGCGAGUGAUGUCAUCAAAGCAUUCAAGUCGAUCACUUUGUCCUCCAAUAAAAUUAACUACGGACCAAAGAAUGAGGUGCUACAAUUGCAAUUGCACGGGGCACUAUCGAAGGACUGCAGAAAUCCACGGCGAGAAGCUGGAUCCUGUUAUACAUGCGGUGAACAAGGUCAUUACGCAAUGAAAUGCAACAAAUACAAAAAAUCGAAAAACGCUUAUGUAAGUUAUUUUAAAUUAUAUUAUUAUUAACGGGUGCACAUAUUUGUAUGUUCAUAGAAGUUUAGUUGACUCGGCAAGCCCGUACGACAGAAUCCUACUACGACAGAAUCCUACUACGGAUUAAAUAAAUCUUAUAUAAAAAUAUUUGGAAAAGUGAAAUGUUACGUUAGAGUACUGAAUAAAGAUAUUUUAACUGAAUUUUUAGUGGUUACUAAUAGGUCUAUUGGGUAUUCAGUGUUACUAGGUAGAGAUUUUAUUGAAGCAAGUGAUGCAAAGUUAAAAAUUUUGCAAUGUUGAGUUUUAAGAUAGGACAGUACAAGGCAAUGAAAACCAGGUAGAAAACACAAUCAGGGCUAGUGAAGGGUACUGUGAAAAACCGGAAAUUUUUCAAAACGUAAGCGAUAAUAACACAAAUGAUGAUCAGCUCCUCACUGAGGAGGAUUUUAGAUUAGAGCUGAAAGUAGGGGAACAUAUAAGCUACGAUGAUAAAAAGAUUUUUCAUGAUACGUUCAGGAAAAUAUAUCUGGAUUCGGAAAAGUUAGAUGAGCCCCUCGUAAGAAAAGAGAUGCAACUUACGUUGGUACACAAAAAACCUUUCGCUGUGCACCAAGAAGGUUGUCGUACAGCGAGAAGAUAGAAUUACAGAAGAUAAUUGAUGAAUACCAAGCAAAAGGGUACAUAAGACCAAGUGAGUCGGAAUUUGUGUCACCGAUAGUUUUAGUUAAAAAGAAAACGGGUGAACUACGGUUGUGCGUUGACUAUAGGAAACUGAAUGAAGUAACGAUGAAAGACAGUUACCAAAUGCCUCUUAUAGAUGAUUUACUGGACAGGCUAGCAAACAAAAGAUUGCUCACCAAGUUAGAUCUUAAGAACGGAUUUUUUCACGUUUUUGUCAAUAAAGACCCUUUGAGACAAUUCGAGUUUUUGAGAAUGCCGUUCGGGUUGAAAAAUGCAACUUUUCAAAGGUUUAUAAAUAAAAUAUUUGCGGACAUGAUACGAAGUGGAGAAGUAAUAAUUUACCUAAACGAUAUUAUGAUAUCAACAACAAGCGUAAGAUAACACCUAGAUAUAUUUAGGAAAGUUUUUUUUUUUGAAAAUUGUACAAAAAAAUUUAGAGCUCAGACUAGAUAAGUGCGAAUUUAUCAAGUAAAAAGUCUCCGAUUUGGGAUACGUCAUCACUAGCUAUGGCAUUUAAGCUGAUAAAAAAGGGCUUACAGCAAUAGAAAAAUUUUCAACCAACCGAAUUCAUGAAGUUCAAAGUUUCCUCGGACUUAGUUCAUAUAUCCGGUGGUUCAUCAAAGAUUUUUCGACCAUAGCUAAGUCCCCCACGUCCUCACUAGAAAAGAUAGAAAAUUUAAGUUUGGAGAAACCGAAUUAGAAUGUUUUGACAAUCUCAAGGAAAAGCUUACAAAGUCACCCCUGCUAGCAAUCUAUGAUGCGAUGCUAGUGCCCUGGGAUUCGGUGCAAUACCAUUACAAAGAAAUAAAGAUGGAAAAUUAACCUAGUUUUUUAAUUUUCGAAGCGAACUACUGACACCGAGUCUAAUACCACAGUUUUGAAUUACAAAAUUUAGCCAUAAUUUACGCAAGAUUUAGGGUGUACCUACAAGGUACAAAAUUUAAAAUAGUAACUAAUUGCAAUUCUCUGACUUUAACACUAAACAAAAAAGAUAUGAACCCAAGAAUAGCGAGGUGGGGGUUAGAACUACGGAAUUAUGACUACGAAUUGGAACAUAGAGCAGGCAAAAAACUGCAGCAUGUCGAUGCUCUAAGUAGAGUAAACAACAUUUAAAUAAUUCAUGCUCACACUUUAGAAGAAAAUUUAGUUAUUUGCCGAAGCAAAGAUGAGAAAAUAAGAAAAAUAAAAGAACAACUAAGUUUAAUGAAAGCCCUUACUAUGAGAUGAGAAACGGAGUAGUUUACAAAAAGAUAGACAAAAAAUUAUUAUUUUAUGUCCCAGAACCUAUGGAAUCACAUGUUCUAUAUAAGUGUCAUGAUGAAAUGGGGCACUUAAGAGUAGAUAAAGUUGUACAACCAGAAGAAAAAAAACUAUUAGUUUCCGGGUAUCAAACCAAAAGCGACCGUUCACGUCCAGAAUUGCUUAAAGUCCAUAACUUUCUCUAACAAAGGUGGGAAAAAAGAGGGACUUUUACACAUGAUACCAAAGGGAAAUAUACCAUUUGUAAUGGUACAUUUUGAUCAUUACGAACCGAUUAACAGCAAGUCUUUAAAGUACAAACAUGCCUUGGUGGUUAUAGAUUCAUUUACAAAGUUUGUCCGAUAUAAAGAUAUAAGGUGGGAAAAACAUUUGAGUCUGUAGAAAAUGAUAUAAACAAUACCGUUCAAAAAGCUACAAAAGAGUGACCUAGUGUACUAUUUUUCGAAGUUGCACAGAGAGGAAAAGUUAUAGACAGCCUUAAGGAAAAUAUAUUUGAGUCAGCUCAAGUGUCAAGAAAACUGGCACGGAUAACACAAAACAAAGCGCAAGUUUACAAUAAGGAAUAUUCAGAUGCUAAACGACAAGAACCACGGAAAUUCAAAGUAGGUAACUAUGUAGUAAUACUCAACGUCAGCUCUCAAACAGGGGUGUCCAGUAACCAAAUGUCCAAAUACCUUAUAGAGACAUCUAGAUAGUUACAAAUUUAAAAUCUUGGUACGAGUACAGAAAGGAUAAGAAGAACUAAGUCAGUUGUAUGUUACUAGGAGCUUUAAUUUAAGCACCACAUGUAUUUUCAUCAGCAGAUUCCUUAUUGUCAGGAUGGCCGAGUUGUAGGACAUAAGUGUGCACGUACCUUACGAGUUUAGCUUUAAGGCUGCA